AUGCCUGAUCCACCAGGACACCAUCCAGCUGAGGAAGUCCAGGCUACUUUCACCUGUGGUGGCCAGGUCUGCCAGUGUUGCUUUGUACGGUUUCAGCCUGGCAAAACAACCUUUACUACUGUGCUCAGCUCUCGUUCAUCGCGUUCUGGCGAAGCGUUCAGAAUAUGCUGUGUGGCCUGUACAGAGUAUUAUAGAAUGAAGGCUGCUGCAACGAGGCUAUUCAUCAAGAUGUCUCUGCAGCUCAGCGAGGGCAAGGUGACAGGCACACCUAUUGGCUACACCCCAGCGCAUGGUCAGCUUGGCUCUCAGCUUGCUAUAUACCAGUCUCAUGCUAGCGGCUUGUCUGAAACAUUCAACGCGUCUGUCUUGAUGGGUCGAAUUGUCUGUAGUGGGAGCAGCCAGAAGCUUGAGAACAUUGGAGAUAUUGGCAUCGGUGUCCCAGCAAUCCCUGCACGUAUUGGAUUAGCAGAGCUCAAGCAAUGCCUCUUUCACGCUCUUGCUCCUCGGUACAACAAGUGGUCGGAAAACUAUCCUCUAGAACUUGAUGCUAUAAACGUUCACUACAAGAAGCAGAUUACGCCCCUCCUCCCAAUGUCUCCAGAUAUUAAUAUUGUCUGGCGAUUCUUGGUGAAGAAAGGAGGGGGCAAGAAUGCUGUUGAAAGCUUUCAGCCAGAUACUGAGCUUCCUCUCUGGCUCGUCGUUGAAGAAGAGAUGUAUGAUCGUAUUAUAGGUCAUAUCUCACAGACACAGUCUACUUCUGAGGCCAGCUAUGAUGAUCAGGCCCAAACAGAAAGACACAAAAUGUCUGGCCGAAUAUCACCAACUUUGACAUACAUGAGUCCCUCCCAGGAGCCAAUUCAGUCUCUCACAGACAGCUCGCGGGCGAAAUCAACUGAAAGAACACUGACCACCACUCGUUCGCCUCCUGGUUCACCUCCAGCUACACCUCCUCCAUCCAAGCGGCUGAUGACUGCAGAAUUGUUCACCUCCCCGAGUCGUUAUAAGGACAGACUUGAUGCUGCAUUGAGCGCUCAGAUGCGUCUGGACCCUGUUCAGCUUCGUGACAUAUGCAAUUCCAUGCUCCUUCAAUACUGCAAGGAGCUCGAGGGUACCUUGGUCGUCGACAUUGCCAAUCAGAUCGGCGAUGGGUCCUUCAAGACUGCACACAAAGCCGAGGUGUCUGUGAGGACUGGAUCUCUUCCCCAGUUGCUUCAUGGCACUGUCUGUGCCAAGCAGGUUUAUGUGGUCUUGGAUAAGAAGCAGAGACAUCGUUUAGAUGGGAUGAAAGAAUUGCGCGAGUGCUAUGGCGAACUCAACAACCUUGCAUGGGGUUCUGCCCUUCUUCACGAUGUUUAUGCCUUUAUGGCCCGUGAGGAACAGAAUCUUGGCCCUCUGCCCUGGGACUGUCCAAAGAUGCAGUUCGUCGAGGCUAUGCUUGCCAUUUGUCAAGGCCCACAGGAGAAGAUUUUCCUUAUCAAACAGUGGAUCCCGAUUGAAGAUGGCUUCUACAAGUACAUUAACAACAAUGUUCCUAUUCCUGACACCUUUGCUGACGAGGACUUGAAUACGCGCGCCGAGUUUUUGUCGUUUUCGCAGCACGUUCAAUGGGUUAAGAGUGGUCAGAAAGUAUUUGUCUCGGAUCUACAAGGUGGUCGAGACCUCUUAACUGAUCCACAGAUCAUGACACAUCCGUAA